CGUUUCAAUUGUCUUAUUUAUGUAUGUCUAUAUAGUCACGUUGAAACGCUUGCAAUGAACAUCCGUGUUAUAUUACACUCCCCGUAUUGCUAAAUCAAAACACCAGCAAAAAAAAACAAAAAAAAAAAACGUAUUUUCACAUAACGAGGAAAAAAUAGGAAAAAAAAGUAACAAGUAACUGCAACAAUCUCUCUCUUGCUAGUAUACACACAAAAAUAUUUAAUUAUUAUCCUUUAAAACACACAUACAUUUAUUUACUAUUAACAGAAACAACACAUCACAGGUUUUCAUUAAUACACGCCGAAAAGACUCAUACGUUAUAUAUAUAUAUAUAUAAUAUAUAUGUGUGUACUCAUUCAGUAUCGUAUCAAUAUUUGCUAAGUAGAUAUAUUUGCUAUAGAACAGGAAAAGUAUGGCUUGGACAAGGUUUUGGCUAUCGUUAAUCGUUGCUGUUUUUAUUCACGGAGUUUACGUCUUAUGUGACAACGAGAAAGGCUGUAAAAUUGGAGAUUAUGAUUUCUCACCUUUGGAUCUGUCUUACCCAUGGAUGUCUGUGAGUCUUUCAAAUGAUACCUAUUGGAUCAGCAUCUGUUCAGCGGUGAAUCAUGAUAAAUGUCCCACAGGCAGUUCGGUUUGUAGAGAAAGAUCUGGUUCAUUUAUAUCAGUGGGUAAUUAUACAAGUUCUCCAAGCAUGUUUGAAAAUGAAGAUAAAGAAAUCACAGUGUCAUUCACUGGUGGAGUCUGUCCUUCAAAUUCUUCAGCACAUCUAAGAACAGAUAUCUUAUUUAAGUGUGGUAAGACGUUGGGUUCACCCAAUUUUCUAAGCCAAGACAACAGCUGCACAGAGGUGUUUGAAUGGGAAUCCCUUGUUGCUUGUAAGAAGCGGCCAGAAAAAGUUGUGAAAGAAGUGCCUUGUUAUGUGUAUGUGAAAGGAAAGAAGCGAGACCUGACACCUUUGAUAAAGCUGAAAGGUGCCUACAAGCUGGUAACUGAUUCUGAUGGCUCACCCCAUUUUGUCACCAACAUAUGUCGUGCCAUCACUGAAGAUCCUGCUGAUCAAUUGGGUUGCCCAAAAGGUUCUGCAUCAUGUGGGAAAAUCCAGAAGUUUUUAGUUGACGCGGGACAACCAACAACUGCUUUAAGAGCUAUUGAUGAGCGAACUCUUCAACUAGUUUACAAAUCAGAAACUAGCGCAAGUUCUUGUGUUAACACUCCACAAACUGUGAUUACAUUCAUAUGUCCUGCUAAUGGCCGAGUAAGCCAUCCUCCAUUAGUUUCACAGAGUGGUUGUCUGUUUGAAAUUGAUUGGAUCACACAGUAUGCUUGUGAAGAAUCUGAAAUUUCUGUGAAGAAUUCUUUAAAACUCAUUCGGGAGAAAGAUAAUAUUGAUUUUGAUCUUACACCCCUAUCAAAGGAGAAUUAUAUUGUAGAUGUAACUGAAAAAGACGGUUCUAAGUACAAAAUCAGUUUGGCAAUUGGCCACACAAUAGAAUGCUUUGGAAGUGUGGAUGAUGACAAAUAUCACCCUUCUGUGUGUCAAAGGAAGCCUAAUAAUAAAGAAUUUGCCAGAGCCCUUGGUAAUGAACAACAUUCAGUCUUAAGAUACAGUGAUGGUCAUCUGACACUGACAUAUAAGGAAGGCCAACCAUGUUCCUCAAAUUUCAAACGGAAAACAAUUAUUGAAUUCCAUUGUAAUAAAUCUGCUGUAAAUAGCAAACCAGUUUACCGUUAUGAAGAAUAUUGCAGCUACUACCUUGAUUGGUAUACACCCUAUGCCUGCAUUGAUCAUCCAUUACAAGAAAAGUGUAGCGUUGUAGAUAAUGGCAAACUUUUUGAUUUGUCCAGCCUCAGAUAUACCUCUGAUAAUAAUUGGGUUGCACUAAAUGGUCAUGAGUAUAACGACGAUGCAGAAAUACUCCUCAAUGUCUGUCAUGAUAUCAUGCCUUCUGGAAAAGCUGUAAAAUGUCCUACAGACAGUGCUAUUUGUUUGAAAAAAUUUGAUGGUACAACUAAAAGCCUUGGCCGCUACCAACAUGAACCUGUUUACAAUGAUGUGACCAAGACACUUCAGCUGAAUUAUACAGAUGGUGACAAAUGCAGAUCUGGCAAAAUUUUUACUGUGAUAACAUUUUUCUGUUCCCCAGGCAUCUCCGACAAUGCUCCUGUUGUGGUUACUAAAUCAUCUGAUGAUUGCUCAUACUAUCUAGAGUGGCACACAGCAGCUGCAUGUGUUGUGACCAAGAAGAAGGGGGCUGACUGUCAAGUGGAAAAUAAAAUUGCUGGUAAGAGAGAUAGUUCAAUGUAUUUUUGUCACAUUGAAAGUAAUGCUUCACAAAACCUGUUAAUAGAUAAAAUGAAGGAACCACUACAUAAUCGUUUCAGUUGCUCAAUGCAACCACCAGAUCUUUCUCACCAGAAUCUCCACCCAUGGAUGAAAGUAUCCAAAAAUGUUGGCCAUGCCAACAGUAUUCUAACAUAUGAGGAUGGAAUUUUGAAGUUGAUCUAUGAAAAUGGUGAUAAGUAUAACACUGACCCUCCUAUUGCUCGAAGAAGUGUGAUCACUUUUGUGUGUGACACAAAAGCCAGUCCUGGAAGACCCGAGUUUAUAAAAGAGUCAAAUUCUACCUACUGGUUUUUGUGGUACACUAAAUUUGCCUGUGUUUCACAUCCAGUUGAAUGCACUUUCACCGAUGAACAAACCCAUGAACAGUAUGACCUCUCAAGUCUCACAAAGAUGUCAGAUAACUGGGUUACUACUGGAAUUGACGCACCUGUACAGAAGUAUUAUAUUAAUGUAUGUCGUUCACUGAACCAUGUACCUGUUGGAACUGGCUGUGAUGUUCAUUCUGCAGUAUGCUCUACAAAGUUUGAAGGUGGCAAGGAAGUGAUUGCUCAUGAAAACCUUGGAGAAGUUGUUAAAGGUCUUGUGAAGAAAGGGGAUAACAUUGUAUUGGAAUACACCAAUGGUAAAGCAUGUCUGGACAGUGGUUACACACUGACCAACUAUUCCACAACAAUCCAUUUCCACUGCACAAAGAAAAUAACAGAACAUGGUCCAAGUUUGUUAAGUAUCAAUUCAAUAUGUCAUUAUGUAUUCUUGUGGAACACUCCAGCUGCAUGUGUUCAGACCAGCACGGAAAGCAAUCAGGAGAAAUGCUCCAUAAAGGACACCAAUUCUGGUUACAUUUAUAAUCUGCAGCCUUUGAUAAGAGAUGGAUCUUACAGUAUUGUUUCACAGUCUCAUAAAUUCUAUUUGAACAUUUGUGCACCUGUGAAUUUGCCUGGCUGUACCAUGUCUGACAAUUCAAAAGCAUCAGUUUGUGAACAAGUCUCAAGUACAGUAACUGGUCUGGCAGCUGUAAGUACUGAACUAGAACUGACUGACAGACAUUUACAGCUGGUCUAUGCUGGAAAACGUUUAUCUGAUGGUUCACUUUUCAAGGUAACAAUUAUUUUUGUCUGUGCCAAAGAGAAAGAAUUGGGCAGUGUCAGUUUGGUGAGAACAACUAAGAGCAACUACAUAUUCCAGUUUGAUACUCCUCUUGCUUGUCCACCACAGACAGUCGAUUGUGUUGUUCAAGACCGUCUUGGUAACCAGUAUGAUUUGUCCCAACUGACAAAGCAAAAUGGCAACUGGGAACUUCCUGUUGGAAAUAUGAAGUACAUCAUCAACAUUUGCUCACCAAUUAAUAAUUAUACAGGCAAUACAACUUGUGCAGGUAAUGUUGGUGGUUGUCAAAUAGCUCCAGGCCGAGGAGAAUAUAAUAUGGGUUAUGUUCAAGGCAAACCCAUUGCAUUAUCAGAUGGAACUCUGAGUUUACGAUAUCGCAAUGGAGACCUGUGUCAUAAAGGGACUGACAAGCAAAGCCAUCGGAGCACUCGCAUUAAUUUCUUUUGUAGCACAGUUGAGCAUUUUAUUUCUUUUGGGAGUGAAACAGAAUUCUGUGAAUAUAUAUUUACCUGGAGGACACCAGCAGCUUGUCCUAUUAAGCGUAUCACAGGCAAAUUUUGCAAAGUUGUCGACCCUUUGUAUAAAAAUGAAUUUGACUUGAGCGUGUUACGGAAAUCAACUGAUUAUCAUGUAAUUGGCGGCGGCUAUGAUUUUUUACUCAAUGUGUGUGGAUCUUUAAACACUGAACUAGAAAACUGCAACAAGAACACUGGAUCUGCAGCCUGCCAAACACGUUCUUCAGACCCGGCUUUCGUAAUCAAUAUUGGAAAAGCAAGUGAUGAACUUGUUUAUGAAGACGGCAUCAUUUUUCUGACUUACAAAGAUGGCAAGUCGAAUUGCCAUAAGAAGUUCAGCCGCAAGACAAUAAUAACUUUCACCUGUGACCCAAAUGUGGAGGGUACAACUGGACCUCAUUAUAUUGAAGAAAAAGAAGACUGUAGCUACCUCUUUGAGUGGCCCACAAAACAUGUCUGUCCAAAGAUAACAACCAGUAACUGCAAAAUACAGGAUGUCAAAGGCAAUGAAUAUGAUUUUAGUGGACUAAGACUUAGUAGUAACAACUACAUUUACUUAUCACCUGAGCAUGAGAAACAGAAGUUUAUUUUAAAUGUAUGUCAGACUCUUGUGCAUCGUAAAGGUGAGACAUGUCCCUCCAGUUCAGCAGCAUGUAGCAUAAAUUUGAAUGAGACUGAUACAACAAAGAAAUAUCACAGUAUUGGAGAACUUGGUUCCAAUCCUCUUGAACUUUUUGGUGCUUACCCACAGUUGGUGUAUAAGAAUGGAGAACCUUGUAGAGAAGGGAAGAAUUCUUCAACUUAUAUUACAUUUCAGUGUGAUUUAUCUGCUGUGGAUUCCAGCCCCAAAGAGUAUUACUAUAUAGAAAGUAAAUGUGAACAUCACUUUUUGUGGGCUACACGAGAGGCUUGUCCUUUGAGUCAGAAAGCCUCUCAUAAUAACACCUGUCGUGUAACUGAUGAGUCUACAGGAGUUACCUUUGACCUAUCUCAACUGAAGAAAUCUAAGGGAUACACCAUAAGUGAUCAAAAAGAACAUUCAUUCCAACUGAACAUUUGUGGUGCAGUGGCAAAUAGCCAAUGUUCAAAAGAAUCCAGCUCCUGCCAGACCAACACGUAUGCCAAUAGAUCUUUUAAUUGUGGAAAUGCUAACAGCAACCUUCAAUUCAAAGAAGGCGUCAUUUUCCUGAACUACUCUGGUGGUGAUAAAUGUCAUGGAGGCAAGUUUGAACGGAACACAAUCAUCAACUUUGUGUGCAACCCCUCAAAAGGAAUAGGUGCCCCUGUGUAUCUAGCUGAAUCUAAAAAUUGCACUUACUAUUUUUCCUGGCAUACCGAUUUAGUUUGUGAAAAACAGGUUCGUUGUACAGUGAUAAAAGGUGACCAGAUGUUUGAUUUAUCUCCACUGGUACAGAUGUCCGGACAUCAUGUUGCUGAAGGCUUGGCACCAUCGGAAGAUCCUGGUGCUUCAUACUACAUAAAUAUUUGCCGACCCUUAAAUCCCAUCUUUGGGUCUUUCUGUCCCCCUCUUGCUUCUGUUUGUGAGACCAAUGUUGGUGAAAAUGGUGUGAGUCUUGGUUCAGUUUCUGAAGGUCCAUACAUUGAUCCAAAUGAUCAAGCUGUGACUAUUCAUUACAAAAAUGGUGCACCUUGUCCCAACUCUAAGCAAAACCGAAGUACAAUCAUCAAGUUUAGAUGCAAAGUUGGUCCAUCUUUAGGCCAUCCUGUACUGAUGGAUGCUAUUGAUAGCUGCACAUACAUCUUCAACUGGGAUACAAAUCUUGUUUGUGACAAAUCUUCACCUGAUGCAGCUAAAAACUGUGUUUAUAAAGAUACUCGGACACUCAUUGAAUAUGACUUCUCAUCUUUGUAUAAUUCAGCUGUGGAUAAGAUUCCUGCCGAUCCAUCUGGCAAUUUCCUCAUCCGGGUAUGUGGGCCUGUGAGUGGGGUCUCAAGCAACUGUGAGAAAUCAGGUGCCUGCUAUGUUGACAAAAACAAUCAUGAAGUUAACUAUGGGAAAGCCAGUGAUGCAGUGUUCUCUAUUGACCAAAAUCUGAUAAGUUUAACUUAUCGAAAUGGAGACUUGUGUUCAUCUGAGUCUGGAACACGUGCCAGUACAAAGAUUCUCUUCUUAUGUAACAACACUGCUGGUCUUGGGAAACCUGUGCUAUAUGAGAAAACACCAUGUCAGUUGGUAUUCCUCUGGAAAACCAGAUUAGCAUGUCCUCCUGCUGUCAAAGACUGUUUCUUGUCCUAUUUGAAUAGCAGUUAUGAUCUCAGCAGUCUGGCUAAUACACAAUCUUGGAAAGCAAUGGCAAUUACUGGUGAGACUUAUUGGAUCAAUGUCUGCCAAAGUCUGUACACUCGACCAAAGUCUCAAAAUUGUUCUAGUAAUGGUGCAGCUGUUUGUGUCGAAAGUAAAAAUGAAGUGAUGACAAUUGGAUCUACUUCACGUAUUGUCUUAUAUGUCGAUAGGAACAGUCCAGUAAAUAACCCAGUGAUAAUCCUCCAGUAUUCCAGUGAUACUCUUGUCUGCAGCAAUAAAAGGGCAACAACCAUCAUUAGGUUUUCCUGUUCUGAAACCUUGGGCAAGCCCGUGUUCAGUAAAAAGAAUUUGGAAACGUGUACAUAUGAAUUUAACUGGGAUACAUAUUUGGCCUGCAAAGAGGAUCGGGAAACUCUGAAGGAAGUUAAUGGAGUACUUAUUGACGAUAAAUCUUCUAGCAGAAUAUAUUUUGGCAAACAAACCCAAGGAAAAACAUUCCGUGUUGAAGAGACAAAGGGCACCGAGAAAUUCUACUAUGACAUAAGCUUUGAAGGAAAGCUUUACCCAGAUGAUGAAAAUGAAGGAAGUGACAAAUGUAAAAAUGCAGCUGUGUGCCAGCGCAAAAAAGGGGACAGUUCUUAUUAUAAAAAUCUUGGUAGUGCUACAAAAAAACGUUUUUAUAUGGAUGCUGCUUACAUGGACGUUGAAAUUACUUCACCUGAGAAAUGUCACUCAAACCCAUCUAAAAAUAUUGUCAGUGUAUUUGAGUUCUUUUGCACCCAUUUAGGAUCUCAGGAGAAUCCUACCUUUGUAUAUGAAUCAAACGAAUGUGUCUUUCUGUUUUAUUGGCAUUCCAGUAUAGCCUGCUCUUAUUACAAUGUUUCUGACCCUUCACAAAACAAGGAAGUUUCUGUGGCAUCAAGCAAUUAUCAUAUAAUAGUUAUUGCUGUCAGUGUUACCUUUAGUAUCAUUGUUAUUGCUGUCUUACUGAAAAUACUUAUGAAACCAGAACAAAAGCAAAUUAUGAAGGAAAAUAUAAAAAAUAUCUUCACCAGAAAUCGAACAGUUAAAGCACGAUACAUUAAUGUGCCUCAAAUAGAUGAUGGUGAUGAUGAAGGUCUGCUGGUCAUGGAAGAUGAACACAACAUAACAUAUCAUGACGACAGUGAUGAGGAUAUGAUAUUGUGAUGGAACCUUUUUUAACCACCUGUUUUGUUCCCCUACCCCAUAUUUUUUUUCAGUACACCACUCCCACUAAAAAAAAAAAA